AUUGUAUUUUACCUUUUUUUCAGAUCAACUCUGAUGAAUAACACCACCAGCACACCAGACAGGAACAUGAGAGUGAACACAGUUGCCAUUGUGGUUUACUCCUUUGCCUGUAUCCUUGGCUGCAUCGGAAAUGGCCUUGUCAUCUAUAUCACUGGCUUUAGAAUGAAGAAGACAGCCAACACUGUGUGGUUCCUUAACCUGGCCAUUGCCGACUUUAUCUUCACCACCCUCUUGCCAUUCACAAUUUACUACACUGCUAACAGCUACAACUGGAUCUUUGGGAAGUUCAUGUGCCAGUUCAACUCUCUCAUACUCUGCCUCACAAUGUACGGCAGUGUGUUUCUGCUGACAGCCAUCAGUGUUGACCGCUGCAUGGCUGUGGUGGCUGCCGUCUGGUCACAGUCCCAUCGCUCACCACGCACAGCUGGCACUGCAUGCUUCUUAAUCUGGUUGUUGGCUAUUGUUCUGGGAACCCCACAUGCAGUCUUUCGUGACCUUAAAAUAUAUCCAGAUCGAGUCAGGUGUGGCUACAACUAUUCUAGCGAUACAAACCUUUGGAAAUACAGAAAAAGGAGUCUGAUCAUCACUCGUUUUCUCUGUGGCUUCCUCAUUCCACUUAUUAUUAUCUUGGUUUGUUACUGUGUUAUCAUUUGGCGAUACAACAGCCGGAAGCACAAGAGGAGCUUAAUGCGGUUCAAGACUAUUGUUGCUGUCAUCGUUGCCUUCUUCACCUGCUGGGCCCCCUUCCAUAUCUUUCAGCUCUUGCAAUUAAAGACACUUUCAGAAACUCUCGAUAUGAUCAUAGAAAUAGGUAACCCAAUUGUGACAAGCAUUGCAUUCCUCAACAGCUGCCUGAACCCAGUCCUCUACGUCUGCAUGUGUGAAGACUUCCGGCAAGUGUUUAAGAAGUCUAUUCUUCUCGUGCUGGAGAGCGCCUUCACUGAGGACAGAUCUCUGCACACCUUUACUCAAAGAUGCCCCUCAAAUUGCACAGAGGAUUUGUGUCCUGACAAGAAAAAGAAUGAGGACAGGUGACGUGAAAGAGUGGUGGAGACCAAAAUGUGAGACAGCCAUGUGUUCAGUCUGCUGUAGCUAAACUUUAUUUUCUUUUGUUAAACAGCAAAUGUUGUUGAAUUACAUUAAAAUGUCAAGUUUAUAAACAACAUCAACAUUAUGGAAAUUGAAAAUAUGAUGUACAAUAUUCAGAGUAUGAGUUUCCAUAUGCCUGCUUCAUAUAAAGAUGUACUUUUUAAGAGUAAUGUAAUACACACCUAACAGAGCCCUGGAGAGGAUGUGGGUAGGAAAAAAAUUAAUAAAUCAUGGGAAUAAUUUACAAUUCGUGCACACAUUUGAAUUAAAACUUCCCUUCAUUUAGUUUAUUCAUUCACACAUUCUAAUUAAAAUUGCUCUCACGAUUUAGUUAAUGGAGUCCUGCUGUGCCUUUUGUUGCAUAUGGACAACCUAAUGGCCAGAAAUACCAUGAUAAGGUUAUUUUGUGUUGUUAUUUGGGAAUUAGUUUUGGCAUCAUUGUAGUGACUCUUGGGGCAUUACUCUGAGCCAAUCAAAACUGAGUUUACUGAAACAACAGACUUUCAAAGACAGUCACAUACAUACAUUUAUAAUGAGAGAUACUGCAACUAUUCUGACCUCUGCAGUGAUUUCAGCAGUGGACUCUCAAGCUCUG